AUGUGUUGCAGAGGCGCAUGUGAUGAAGGGGCUCUUUUAUUUGGCGCUGGUAUUCGCUGUAGAAUGUUCAACGACAGGGAAAACGAUCAAAGUGCCCGAUUCCGACCCGACGCUCCAGAUGAACAGAGAAAUUUGAAAGAGCUGAAGGAAAUUAUCAUCAGAAGUUAUAAUUUUGCGAUGUGUAUAGAUAACUAUGAAAUUUUGGAUCUGAUUUAUAAGAGCGCUGUUCCACGAUCGAACGAACAAAUCCAUGAUCAAGUUUGGUGGGUGCCGUCUAGCCAUAACUUCAAGGCAUCAAAAGUGACUGUGCUCAGUGCUGGAAAGCCUUACACUACGUACAACUUACAGUUAACUCUACAAAAAAGUCAAUGCGAUAUACAUGUUCGUUUCCAUUUCAUUGCCUACCUUUAUGCUCAGAAAUUGUUCUUUCUGUGUUCAAAAGUUGUUUCUCUUUUUUUUUCGAAAUAA